CAGCGUGGGGUGUCAGACAGGCAGAUCCAACAAUUCAGGGUGGGGUGAACUGAAAAAAAUUGAACCGAACUGGGGUGCAUUGAAAUUGGAUUGAGUUAUUAUAAAAAAAUCAAAAUUUUUACCUUCAAAAUUUAAAUUUUAUUAUGAGCUGCCCUGAACUUCAACCCACAGCUCACACAUAAAUCUGCCUUGAGAUAUUUUAUUCUACAUUAUUAUAACUGGUCGUUCAAGGGGUAAGGCUGGGGGCACUGCAUGUGGUAGUUGCAGUACUAUGAUAUUACACAAAUUAAUCGCGGAGGGAGGGAGAGAGAGAUUUUGCGUUGGGGAGGUCACUCCAUCUUGACAGUUAACACUUCCAACUUAUAUAGGAGUAGAGAGAGUUAUUUGUUUCUGGGCAGCCAUGGAGAAGGCGGAGAAAGAAGCCAUGGAAAAGAAAGAAGAUGAAGUUAAAAAUGCGGAGGCUGAGAUCAACUACAGAGGAGUGAAGGCCAUGCCCUUCAUCAUAGGAAAUGAAACCUUUGAGAAGCUGGGAGCCAUUGGCACCUUAUCCAAUCUCCUGGUCUAUCUCACCACGGUCUUCAACAUGAAAGGCAUCACAGCCACAACUCUCAUCAAUGUCUUCAAUGGCACCACCAAUUUUGCUACCUUGCUGGGAGCUUUCUUCUCCGACACCUACUUCGGUCGCUACAAGACGCUCGGAUUUUCUUCAAUUACAUCUUUUCUGGGAUUGCUCUUGAUCGACCUCACGGCCGUGAUCAAGGGGCUGCAUCCUCCCCGCUGCACGUCAGAAGACAGCAGCAGCUGCAUCGGUCCAACAGCCUGGCAGCUGGCAUUUCUGUUAGCAGGCUUUGGACUAAUGGUGGCAGGUGCCGGGGGCAUCCGGCCAUGUAACUUGGCCUUUGGAGCCGACCAAUUCAACCCCAAAACCGAAACGGGAAAAAGAGGAAUCGACAGCUUCUUCAACUGGUACUUCUUCACCUUGACAUUUGCCAUGAUGGUGUCACUCACAUUAGUUGUCUAUGUGCAAUCUGAUGUGAGUUGGGCUAUAGGACUGGCAAUUCCUACAGUUUUCAUGCUGGUGUCUUGUGUUCUCUUCUUUGCCGGGACGAGAAUAUAUGUAAAAGUGAUGCCAGAGGGUAGCCCUAUAACAAGUAUAAUGCAAGUCAUAGUCGUUGCAGCUAAGAAAAGGAAAUUGAAGCUACCAGAGCAGCCAUGGCUCUCCCUUUUCAACUAUGUGCCCCCCAAUUCUAUCAACACCAACCUUUCUUACACCCAACAAUUCAGGUUCUUAGACAAGGCGGCUAUAAUCACACCGGAUGACCAGAUCAACCCAGACGGAUCAGCGGCCGGUCCAUGGCGGCUCUGCAGCAUGCAGCAAGUGGAAGAAGUGAAAUGUGUCUUAAGGGUGAUACCUAUCUGGGCUGCAGCCAUAUUGUACUUUGUGGCUAUAACCCAACAGCAAACCUAUGCUGUCUUCCAAGCCCUUCAAUCCAACAGACAACUUGGAAGCACCAAGUUCAAAGUCCCUGCUGCUACUUACCCCGUAUUCAACAUGCUGACGAUGACUCUCUGGUUACCUAUCUACGACCGAAUAUUGGUCCCAGCACUCCGAAGGCUCACAGGGAGAGAAGGCGGCAUCAUGAUACUCCAAAGAAUGGGCAUCGGCAUAGGCCUGUCAGCACUCACAUCACUGGUUGCUGGCUUGGUUGAGGAGAAGCGGAGGACUCUGGCACUUACUAAGCCAACACUAGGUAUCGAGAAACAUCGGGGUGCCAUUUCUUCCAUGUCGGCUCUAUGGUUGGUCCCUCAGCUCUCCCUAGCUGGGCUCGCUGAGGCAUUCAUGGCCAUUGGGCAAGUGGAGUUCUACUACAAGCAGUUUCCAGAGAACAUGAGAAGCAUCGCUGGGUCUUUCUUCUUCUGUGGCAUGGCAGCAUCGAGCUAUCUAAGCGGGUUCCUGGUGUCGAUGGUCCACCGUACAACCAAAGGGAACAAAAAUGGAGGAGAAUGGUUGCCGGAAGAUCUUAACAAAGGGAGGCUGGACUAUUUCUAUUACAUGGUUGCGGGUCUUGGGGUCCUAAAUUUGGGCUACUUUCUAGUGUGCUCUAUAUGGUAUAGGUAUAAAAGAACAGGAGGCAGUAAUGCCACAGCGGAAAUGGAAAAGAAGCAUAUUGAUAAACCCCUUGCUUGAUAUUUGAUAGAAUUCGCUUCACAUUAAGAUAUCAUACGUUAUCAAGCUGCCAAGGAGUCAUGUAUUAGGACUACAUUCUUGCUCACUAAAUAACCUCUCCUGUGGAAUAACAGUUAACAAAGCCACUGAACUAUUUUCAUGUUCUUCUUUAUCAAGUCAUUAGCAUGGUUAUAAUGCAGUAGACAUACUGCACUGUUUAAGGUGUUUUGAAUGCCGAGUACUUCCUCCCACACCAACUGUUUU